AUGCGGGACACAUAUGGCACCUCCUCGCUCAGCAGCAGCAGCAACUCCGGCUCCUGUAAGGGCAGCGACAGCAGCCCCACCCCAAGGUAACCCUUGGCUCCUGUAAGGGCAGCAGCAGCAGCACACACACACACACACACACACACACACACACACACACCCCACAAGCGUCCAACAUAAGAGAGAGAAUUGCCUUGCCAACCCAGCAGUGGCCUGCUAAAUAUUAUUAUUAUUAUUAUUAUUAUUAUUAUACCCUGCCCAUCGGCUGGGUUUCCCGCUUCCAACAAAUUAUUAAAAGACAGUAAUGCAUCAAACAUUAAAAGCUUCCCUAAACAGGGCUGCCUUCAGAUGUCUUCUAAAAGUCUGGUAGUUAUAUUUCUCUUUGACAUCUGGUGGGAGGGUGUUCCACAGGGCGGGUGCCACCACCAAGAAGGCCCUCUGCCUGGUUCCCUGUAACUUGGCUUCUCGCAGUGAGGGAACCGCCAGAAGGCCCUCGGAGCUGGACCUCAGUGUCCGGGCUGAAUGAUGGGGGUGGAGACGCUCCUUCAGGUAUACUGAACAGAGGCCAUUUAGGGCUUUAAAGGUCAGCACCAAUACUUUGAUUUGCACUCGGAAACGUACUGGGAGCCAGUGUAGGUCUUUCAAGACCGGUGUUAUGUGGUCUCAGCAGCCGCCCCCAGUCACCAGUCUAGCUGCCGCAUUCUGGAUUAGUUGUAGUUUCCGGGUCACCUUCAAAGGUAGCCCCACGUAGAGCGCAUUGCAGUAGUCCAAGUGAGAGAUAACCAGAGCAUGCACCACUCUGAUGAGACAGUCCACGGGCAGGUAGGGUCUCAGCCUGUCUACCCGAUGGAGCUGGUAGACAGCCGCCCUGGACACAGAAUUAACCUGCGCCAACAUGAACAGCUGUGAGUCCAAAAUGACUCCCAGGCUGCAUACCUGGUCCUUCUGGGGCACAGUUACCCCAUUCAGGACCAGGGAGUCGCCCACACCUACCCACUCCCUGUCCCCCCAAAACAGUACUUCUGUUUUUAAUAAUAAUAAUAUUUUUUUAUUUAAACCAGGCUCAGGGCGGCUAACAACAAAUUUAAAACACUUAAUUGUGACACAACAAAAAAACAGCAUAAAAUACAGUAUAAAAGCAUGAAUAACAAUAAAUUCAAAGUUCUAAAAUCAAUUUAGUGGAAAAUCCACGCAAUAAACAUUAGAUGAUCACCAGGCCUAGCUGGCUAAAUUAGUCCUCUUUGGGCCAGAAAGGAGGCCAGGGGAGAAUUAGCCUCUAGGAUAGCUGCAAGCUGAGCAAGAUAGAGACAUCAUUGUUGCACAUUAGUCCACAGCACCUCUGAAUAUGGAGGGUUCUGCUCAGCUUGGUCUUUGCCAACCUGGCAGCCUCCACAUGUUUUGAACUACAACUCCCAUCAGGCUGAUGGGAGUUGUAGUCCCAAAGGAUGAUCAAGGGUCUGGAAACCAAGCCGUAUGACGAAUGGUUGAAGGAUCUGGAUAUGCCUAGCCUGGAAAAGAGGAGAGAUGUGAUGGCCAUCUCCAAACACCUGUGAAGGUCUGUCGCGUGGAAGCUGGAGCAAGCAUGUUUUCUCCUGCUCUGGAGGGUAGGACUCCAACCAAUGGAUUCAAGUUGCAAGAAAGGAGAUUCUGACUAAACAUCAGGAAGAUAGAUAGAUAAGAUAAAACUUCAUUCGCAUUAGCCAAUGGCCAUAGCAACAGUAAAACAUUACAGUAUACGCAGAAAAGGAAAUUUGAUAUAAAAGCGCAAUUUAAAGUCCUGAAUCAGCAGUCAGUUAGUGGCCCUUAUUCUGAUUGCCCCUGCUAUGAACCUAGCAACCCUUGCUGUUAUCUGCUCAUUUUGAUCUGAUAGAAGGAAGCACAUUGCGGCAGUGGUUGAGUGCCCUGGGAUGGUUAGUACGAGUGGGGUGAUGAUCUCUUUCCUUGGGUCUUUGUAGAGAGUACAGGACAGGAAGACGUGUGCCACGGUUUCAGUGCUGCCAUCUCCACAGGGGCAAAGACGUUUCUCAGGCGGGAUCUUUUGGAAUCGACCCUCAAGUACCGCAGAUGGCAAAAACAUCCAGUCUUGCAAGUGUAGAAGCACGUCCGCAUUUUGGGAUAAUAAGUUUGUGCAGAUAUGGGGCCAGAGAAUCAAAAUGGAGAGGUGGAAAAUGAACAUACCAAGGGGAGAAUUUCCUUAGAGUGGCCAGGUUUUUCUGAAACAUCAAGAAGAACUUUCUGGCAGUAAGAGCUGUUCAACAGUGGAAUGGAGUCCUUCAGAAGGUUCAUUGGAGGUUUUCAAGCAGAGGUUGUAUUGCAGGGGGUUGGACUAGAUGGCCCUUGGGGUCCCUUCCAACUGUGAUUCCAUGAAAACAUUUGAAGGGCACCCUUCUGGCAAAGGCUAAUUUAGCCGUUCUGGCUAAUAGGUAAAGGUAAAGGUACCCCUGCCCGUUCGGGCCAGUCUUGCCAGACUCUAGGGUUGUGCGCUCAUCUCACUCUAGAGGCCGAGAGCCAGCGCUGUCCGCAGACACUUCCGGGUCACGUGGCCAGCGUGACAAGCUGCAUCUGGCGAGCCAGCGCAGCACACGGAAAGCCGUUUACCUUCCCGCUGGUAAGCGGUCCCUAUUUAUCUACUUGCACCCGGGGGUGCUUUCGAACUGCUAGGUUGGCAGGCGCUGGGACCGAGCAACGGGAGCGCACCCCGCCACGGGGAUUCGAACCGCCGACCUGACGAUCGGCAAGUCCUAGGCGCUGAGGUUUUACCCACAGCGCCACCCGCGUCCCUGUGGCUAAUAGCCAUCACCUAACCUCAAGAUGUCCACUAUAACUGGGGAAAUGUAAUUGAUUAGUCCAAUCCUAACCUGGCACCAGUGAUCCAGGUGGGCUGCCAAAUAAUGGCAGAUUUAACUCCUAAUGCAGGUUAAUUAAGGCUGUUCUGCAGCACAGAAGAGUGGCUAGGAAGCAACUGGAGGGUAGUCUGCCUGUACUCUUUUAUUGCAUGCUUAUGAGUGGAAGGAACUACCGUAUUUUUCGCUCUAUAAGACGCACCAGACCACAAGACGCACCUAGUUUUUGGAGGAGGAAAACAAGGAAGAAAAAAAAAUUCUCAGAAGCCAGAACAGCAAGAGGGAUCGCUAUGCAGUGAAAGCAGCAGUCCCUCUUGCUGUUCUGGCUUCUGGGAUAGGUGCACAGCCUGCAUUCGCUCCGUAAGACGCACACACAUUUCCCCUUACUUUUUAGGAGGGAAAAAGUGAGUCUUAUAGAGCAAAAAAUACGGUACAUGUCUAACUAUAUUUGUAAGCAACUGUGAAUAUGAAUUCAGCUGCUGAUAAUAAGGCUGGACCUGUGAAUGAACCCCAAAUAAAUAAAUAAACCCCAUAAAAAGGGGUUGGAUUCUGUCUUUAAAAGUAGCUGUUUCAAAAGAGCAGUACUGCAGUAUGUGCAGACUAAUUCUGAACUCAGUUGAAAUGAGGGCAGUUACACACUGCUAAAACUGGGGCCUAACGUAGGUCCCUUGAUACAGGGUUUCAGAAGUGAUCAAAUUCACCAUUAGUGUGGAAGGGCAAGAAAGUUUCCAACAGAUUUCAUAGAUAGAUAGAUAGAUAGAUAGAUAGAUAGAUAGAUAGAUAGAUAUUGCAAUUGCUCUUAUGCACCUGUCCUUUGCAUACAACCUAUGUAUUGAGACCUGGGAUUAAAAUAUAAAUAAAUACGGAUUGUAUUUCAGGAACCUUAAAAAUUAAGUCCAAUGUUGCAAUAGUAAAAAGGAAAGGAAAGGAAAGGAAAAGGAUCCAUUCAACAGAAACUUUGUGAAGGUCACCAGUUAUUGCAGCUGCAAAUGGAAUAGUGCUCUAAGGAUGUACUUUCACGUUAUACAUUUUUGGCAGUGUCCUGUCCUCAGCUCCUGCUUCCCCCAUCUAUAACAUCCAGCCCAGCCUACCUGACAUCAUGAUGAUGUAUGUCCUCCCUGCCAUCACAUUCCCUGCUCCGCAUCAUUGGCAGGACCAGGGAGCCACGCAUAAGCAUAUAUAUCGUAUUUUUUGCUCUGUAGGACGCACUUUUCCCCCUCCAAAAAUUAAGGGGAAAUGUGUGUGUGUGUUAUGGAGCGAAUGCAGGCUCCUUGGCUUCAGCGAUAGCAACGCAAAGUCUCCAAAGCGCAGAGGGACUGCUCCCUCUGCGCUCCGGAGGCUUCGCGUUGCUUUCGCUGAAGCCAGGAGAGUCUAUCCCUGAAGCCUGGAGAGCGAGAGGGGUCGGUGCGCACCGAUCCCUCUCGCUCUCCAGGCUUCAGGAAUAGCCGCCUAAAGCCUUUGGAGCGCAGUGGCUAUCCCUGAAGCCUUUGGAGCACAGCAGGACCUCGUGCUGCGCUCCAAAGGCUUUGGGUUCCUUUUGCUGAAGCCAGGAGAGCAAGACUCUCCUGGCUUCAGCAGAGAAGGAGAGCUGUGCAGCGCCCCUUCAGCGAAGCGGGAGGAGAAAUGGAAGGGGCUCCAUUUCUCCUGCCACUUCACUGAAGGGGCGCUGAGCAGAGAGGGGGAGAAUAUUUUUUUUCUUGUUCUCCCCCUCUAAAACAAGGUGCGUCCUAUGGUCGGGUGCGUCCUAUAGAGUGAAAAAUACGCUAUAUGUUUUUAUGAGCCUGCAAUCUUUGUAACAUAUAUUUCCACUGCAAGUUCGUAACAUUGGACUUGAUCCCAUUUAAUAAUAAUAAUAAUAACCUAUAAUAUUGAAUCAGAUUCAGUAGUACUGGGGCCAUCCUUCUUGGGAGUCCGGGCCUCAUUCCCAGUACAGUUCUGAAAGGCUAAACUCUCAUCUUACCAAAAGGGUCCUCUGCUGCCAUUACGUUUGAAGGCAAUCCUUUUGAGCUCUCUGGGAAGGAAGGAGGAGGUGUGAACUGGCAUAGAGAUGGACCAAAUUAAGGAAGAUAGGCCAGGUCCCAGAUUCCUAACUCUACACUCAGGAUUACACAUAGACUUCUCCAGGUUUUGUAGUGGGAAGAGGAUGGCAAAGACUUGUGCUGCUGUCCUAAUUACUCUUUCUUUAUCAUUGUAGACACUGAGCAUUUAGGAAGCAAGUAUAAAUGUGGACAGGAAAUCUAGAGACAGCAUCAGUCCCGCACUCCAGUGUUCUUGAAAGCGGCCGAUCAGCUGGGAAACUUUUAGCCACCUGUUCAAACCAGGCUUAAACUCAUCCUCUGCCCUUUCACUGGCUGUAUUCAAAACUUGCCAGGCAGGCAAGACACUGGCUUCAACCCUGACAGUAGCAGAUAGAUGCGGGUGGCGCUGUGGGUUAAACCACAGAGCCUAGGACUUGCCCAUCAGAAGGUCGGCGGUUUGAAUCCCCGCAACGGGGUGAGCUCCUGUUGCUCGGUCCCUGCUCCUGCUAACCUAGCAGUUCGAAAGCACAUCAAAGUGCAAGUAGAUAAAUAGGUACCACUCCGGCGAGAAGGGAAACGGCAUUUCCGUGCACUGCUCUGGUUCUUCAGAAGCGGCUUAGUCAUGCUGGCCACAUGACCCAGAAGCUGGACGCUGGCUCCCUCGGCCAAUAAAGCGAGAUGAGCACCGCAACCCCAGAGUCGGCCACGACUGGACCUAAUGGUCAGGGGUCCCUUUACCUUUGAAUAAUUAAGCUGCACAAAACCCCACUUAAUUAUUUACUUUAGUCAUUUCUAACCUGCCCUGGGGAGAAAAUUUCUUUGAAAGGUGGAGGUAGAAAUGUCUAAAAUAAACCAAUUAAAACGUAGGCUUUUGUACAGCUUGACAGCUAAGUACACAUCAUGGAAUCAAUAUACACGUAAUAAAGCAAUCAUACAAUUCAAAAACCAACAGUAGACUAAUGCAGGUUACUGUUAAAAAAUCAAGGAUAUAAAAUAUCAUGGUUAAAAUGCCAGGUCAAGGUGGGGAGAGAUAGGAAACAGACACACUUCUCUGGGCAAAACAUUUUAACACUGGAAAAAAUAAACUUCCCCUCAUUGACACUGAUAGGAUCUGGGCCCCUGCCACUGCCUAAGCUCUGGGGAGCUGUUUUUUUGUGGGGGUUUUCUACAGCAGAAUAUUACUGUACAACAAAUUUAUUUUUAACUUAUUUUAGCUAUGUAUUUAUGAUCCCCCAUUACUCCCCAAAGGCCGAAAGCUAACCAAGAUCAGUGGUUAUGGAUAAAUACAGAAAGGGUGCUGGGUACUGCAAAGUACUAGGGUUUGGCAAAUCGACACAAUGCCAAGGGUCUUGCAAGCGUAAAGAAGUGUCUUUCGUCUUAAAUGUCUGUCUGAUUUCCCCCUCUGCUGCUCUUCUCUGUUUCUUCAUUUGCUACAGUCGUUAGUCUGCUAUAUCUCCACAUUACUCCAUCCUGGGCAAGAGGCAGCGCUAAAGCAUCCUUUGCACAGGGUCAUUGCUCUCCUCUGUUCUUGCUUGGCUUUGGAAGAGAAAUCUGGAGAAAGGAGCAGAAAAAUCUGAGCUCAAAACGUGCGCAGUUACCGUAUUUUUCGCUCCAUAAGAUGCACUUUUCCCCUCUUAAAAUCUAAGGGGAAAUGUCUGUGCGUCUUAUGGAGUGAAUGUGUGGUCCCUGGGGCUGGGGUGGGGGUCCAGGCUUCCCCUGCCAGCCCCGACCUGUUCUUUGGGGCCGGCGGUGGGGGAAAACGCUUCUGGAGUAGCCCGUGAAGCCUCCGCAGGGCAGCGGGGAGCCUUCAUCCCACUGCCCUGGGGAGGCUUCGCGCGGCUAUCCCUGGCUUUUGCGGGAGGUGGGGGAAGGGACAGAGCGAGGCUUUCUCACUUCCCCCACCUCCUGCAAAAGCCCCCAAGAGCCGCAUAUUUUUUUUCUUGAAUUCCCCCCCCCCCCAAAAAAGUAGGUGCGCCUUAUGGUCAGGUGUGCCUUAUGGAGCGAAAAAUACGGUAACUUAGCAGUGUCAACAUAGGCAGCACUGUCCUGAGUUUCUGAAGCUUAAAAGGUGAACCCCAAGGUGCUUGCAGUCUAAUUUUCAGCCAUGGGAGAGAGAACAAGAGAGUGAGUGUGAGAAAGGGAGGAGAUGCAAUCAUGUGCUCUGAACCUUCCACGGACCAGGAAGGGAAAUCUCCCUUUGGACCCUGGGCAGUUCCAAGGCUCUGAUGAACUUUCCUGUCUUUUCAGGCGCCCAGUCAAGUACCUGCUGUGCAGCGACAACCAUGGGAUCAAGCCCCCGACCCCCGAGCAGUACCUCACCCCCCUCCAGCAGAAGGAGGUCUGCAUUCGACACCUCAGGGCCAGGCUGAAAGACACGCACGAGAGGCUGCAGGACAGGUCAGUAUUUGGGGGCUCUUGCAUCUGGGGUGGAGGAAUUUGAGGCUCGGCAUUCCCCUGAACAUACUAGGCCAGGCAAGCAGCAGUCAGCCUUGCGGGCUGCUCAGAACUGCACUAGGUGGAACUUUUCAGGCACUAAUGAUAAUAAGACUAUAAUAGCUGGCUUCAUGGGAACGACGCACCUUCCUGAGAUUUGCUGUGGAAGUGGCUCCUUGCCAGUGCUGAAGAUUCAGCUGCAAAUUUAGCCAGCUUCGUGCGCUUCACCUCAGGCAGCAAACCCUAACCCUUACUCACAGGUAAGUGUGCAUAGGAUUGCUGCCUAAGAGAAGCAGAUAAAGGUAACUUUGCUGAAUGUAUACAGUCUACUCACAGAAUUUAACUUUCACUCUAUAUCAGGGGUAGUCAACCUUUUUAUACCUAUCGCCCACUAAUGCAUCUUUCUUGAUGGUACAAUUUCCUUACCGCCCUCCAGGGCUCGAUGGAAGGAGGACUCAGCUUGUGCAGUAGAAUAGAAUAGAAUAGAAUAGAAUAGAAUUUAUUAUUUAUACUCCACCCAUCUGGCUGGGUUUCCCCAGCCACUCUGGGCGGCUUCCAAUAAAGUAUUAAAAUACAGUAGUCUGUUAAACAUUAAAAGCUUCCCUAAAGAGGGCUGCCUUCAAAUGUCUUCUAAAAGUCUGGUAGUUGUUGUUCUCUUUGACAUCUGGUGGGAGGGCGUUCCACAGGGCGGGUGCGACCACUGAGAAGGCCCUCUCUGCCCGGUUCCCUGUAGCCUCACUUCUCGCAAUGAGGGAACCGCCAGAAGGCCCUCGGCGCUGGACCUCAGUGUCCAGGCAGAACGAUGGGGGUGAAGACGCUCCUUCAGGCAUACUGGGCCAAGGCCAUUUACAGCUUGAAAGGUCAGCACCAACACUUUGAAUUGUGCUUGGAAACAUACUGGGAGCCAAUGUAGGUCUUUCAAGACCAGUGUUAUGUGGUCUCGGCUGCUGCUCCCAGUCACCAGUCUAGCUGCCGCAUUCUGGAUUAGUUGUAGUUUCCGGGUCACCUGCAAAGGUAGCCCCAAGUAGAGCGCAUUGCAGUAGUCGAAAAGGGAGAUAACCAGAGCAUGCACCACUCUGGCGAGACAGUCUGUUGCAGAGCUAGCAAGGGCAGUGACCGUCUGCUUGUCCGUCUGCUACAGGGAUGCAGAGAUUGACGACCUGAAGACGCAGCUCUCCAGGAUGCAGGAGGACUGGAUCGAGGAGGAGUGCCACCGCGUGGAGGCCCAGCUGGCGCUGAAGGAGGCCCGGAAGGAGAUCAAGCAGCUGAAGCAAGUCAUCGACACCGUCAAGAACAACCUGAUGGAGAAAGACAAAGGGCUCCAAAAGUACUUUGUGGACAUCAACAUUCAGAACAAGAAGCUGGAGACCCUGCUGCACUGCAUGGAGGUCGCCCAGGAUGGGACGGUCAAAGAAGAGGGGGCUGCCGAGUCCGCGGGGGGCUCUCCGGCCCGCUCCCUCACCCGCAGCUCCACCUACACCAAGCUGAGCGACCAAGGAGCCGCCGACAGGAACCUGGGCGGCUCCCAGAUCUCAGUGGAAGAAGCGGCCUGUGACAGCGGCUUUGUGGCCGCGGACGACUCCUUGAGCCGGACGGACUUGCUGGACCAGAGCAGCCUCCUGUCUUCGGGGGUGGAGUGCGGCACAGAUGACACCUCCCUGCAGACCAACUUCACCCUGGGGUCCCGGGUGCCCACCAGCUCCACGUACGAGAAGCUGAUGGGGUCUCAGCACAGCGUCGAGGCCGCGGUUCAGGCCAGCUGCAUGCAGGAGCAAGCCAUACAGACGGACUUUGUGCAGUACCAGCCGGAUCUUGAUACCAUCCUAGAGAAGGUGAUGAAAUCCCAGGCUUGCAGCCUGGCCAGCCCCACCUCCGUGUGGGUGUCUGAAAUGGAGGAGGCGGCCGAGCCGCGGAGCUUGGAGAUCCAGGGCCAGAGCCUUCCUGGGGGGGCCACGGACAUGGCAGCUGCUGAUCCCAGCUCAGCAGUGUCGAUCAGCGCAGUAGAGGAGGGAGAGAACGCUACUGAGCAAGCAGCUUCGCCAAGCCCAGUGGCCAACAGCCCAACCGUGCGCCAGCCUUCUAGCGCCAGCCAGUCGGUGAGCGUCGUGUGCGCCCCAGAAGAAGAAGAAGAAGAAGAAGCUGAACCAGGCCAGGAGCUCAUAGCAGCAGCAGCGGCGGAGCCUCAAACUUACUGGAGCCGCCACUUCAUCGUGGAUCUCCUGGCUGUGGUGGUGCCGGCAGUGCCUACGGUCGCCUGGCUGUGCCGCUCGCAGAGGAGGCAGGGCCAGCCCAUCUACAACAUUAGCUCGCUCCUGCGGGGCUGCUGCACGGUCGCCCUGCACUCCAUCCGCAAGAUCAGCUGCCGCUCCGUCACCAACACCAGCAGCUCCUGCUCCCAGCCAUGA